AUUGGAAGCAGUAAUGCAACAUCAGCGGCAAACAAUUAGCAAAGGAAGCAGUGACAGAACAAGCUAGGCUCUUCUGUUCAUAUUCGAUAGUUACUCUCAGCAAUCCCAGGGCGGUGGUGGUGUCUCCUGUUUUUCUUAUUAGCGCAAAAAUGCCAGAAGAUAUUGUUUUCGAACAUCCGUUGUUUGGGGGCAAAAUAUUAAGCACGUUUCCCAACAGGUUUCAGGAUGUCAGCAACAUUAGAGAAGUACCUGAUCAUCAGGAGGUGUUUGCAGACCCGAGCCGUGAUGAGAGCUUGAUCUUUGAGCUUUUAGAAUUAAAGUCUGAUGUUGCUGAUAAUGGAAGUGCUGCAUGGUUUCUUCAAGACCUUGGCAGCGAGCAAGAUGCUGAAGGAAGUGUGGUUUUAGAGCAGUCGGGAAUACUUGAAGCUCUUGGUUUAAUGUAUAACAAUACACCUGCCGUUGUAACAACUGCAGUGGGUCAAAUGGCAAUUUCUAAGGGACGGCAAGGAAGGGAAGCGCAAAAUAUUGUGAAGGUUUAUUUGGCAAAUUUGCGUCUUAAAGGAGUUGAAACUGACGUACUAGUGACUGCAUAUGAGCCCAUCGUUAUUAACCCUUUGAGUGAAAGUGCAGACACAGUCGGUGCUGGUAUAGCUGUUCCAGCUGCCCAAGCUGGAUGUUUGCCCAUGGAUGAGGUCUUUAAACUUGCUGUUACAAGCUUCAGGGUUAUUGACUGGGGUCUUUUUGAUACAAGACCAUAGGUGUGCUUGGAGCAAGUUAAUGCUCAAGUAUGAGGAACCAAGACCUUAACAUUGUUAUUAGAGUGUCGUUGAAAAAUUGUGUCAUUCCCAUUUUGAUCACUGUAUAUUCCUCGUGUUUUUUCCAUGGCCCAGAAGUACUUUCCUUGUUUUUUUUGGCAUUUAGUCAUAUUUCAUGCAGUUAUUAACUUGUUAGGAUUGUCAUUAGUAACGAGCGAGAAUAAUGUGUUGUUUAGAAAUGUCAGUGACUUUUUUCCUUUUUGGUGGUGCUGGAUUACAGUUUAUAAUAAUUGUUAGAGUUACUUUUUUUGUGUUGCUUUAUACCCAGCAAUCUGGGACAGAAACAACGUGCUUCCUGGAAGCACUGUGAUUGCAGCACAAAAGGACCAUAGCCACCUGCUGUAGGGUUAUGUAUUAUUGAGUUUUGGUGGACAAAGUAGUUAUAGACAAAAUGAUUAAAUGCUUGAAGAGAAACUUUUAAGCAGGCACUUGCUACUAUAGACUUUCAAAUCAAUAGGAUGUUACAUAUGUUUCGUGUUAGAAAUGAACUCAUUUUUAAAAUGUCUCUAUACUUGUCAGUUUUCAAUUUGAGUACAUGUAAUAGAUAAUGAUAGUGUUUGACGCCAGGGUAGGAUGGAAUGAAACAUCCUACUAUGCUCCAAUCUUUUUUUGGUUUCUUUUUUUAAGUGAAAUCAAAUUGAGUCGAAUUUUUAAUU